CGGGUUCCGCGGACCGAGGUGUGCACAUGCGCAGGCGCAUGCGCACUCACCACAGCGCGCCGGUCCGGCGGGGGCGGGGACACGCGGUGCGCGCGGCCAGGGGCGGAGCGGCGGGAGCAGCGGAGGAGGCGGCGGAGGGCCGGCUGCGGGUUAGGAGGCCCCGGCAGGCUCUGAGUAAACGGAGCGCCACGCUGUGCUGAGCCUGCCGCAGAACCAUGGAGAUCGGCACCGAGAUCAGCCGCAAGAUCCGGAGUGCCAUUAAGGGGAAAUUGCAAGAAUUAGGAGCUUACGUUGAUGAAGAACUUCCUGAUUACAUUAUGGUGAUGGUGGCCAACAAGAAAAAGUCAGGACCAAAUGACAGAGGACUUUCCCUGUUUCUAGGGAACAACACAAUUCGAUUCACCGUAUGGCUUCAUGGUGUAUUGAAACUUCGCUCUGUGACAACUGAACCCUCUAGUCUAAAGUCUUCUGAUACGAACAUCUUUGAUAGCAACGUGCCUUCCAAGAGCAAUUUCAGUCGGGGAGAUGAGAGAAGGCAUGAAGCUGCAGUGCCCACCCUUCCCAUUUCUAACACUAGACCUGAAAAAAGAAAUUCCAGAGUUUCUACAAGUUCACAGGAGCAGAAAACCACUAAUGUCAGACAGACUUAUGAUGAUGGAGCUGCAACCCGACUAAUGUCAACAGUGAAACCUCUGAGGGAACCAGCACCCUCUGAAGAUGUGAUUGAUAUUAAGCCAGAACCAGAUGAUCUCAUUGAUGAAGACCUCAAUUUUGUGCAGGAGAAUCCCUUAUCUCAGAAAAAACCUACAGUGACACUUACAUAUGGUUCUUCUCGCCCUUCUAUUGAAAUUUAUCGACCACCUGCAAGUCGAAAUGCAGAUAGUGGUGUUCAUUUAAACAGAAUGCAAUUUCAACAGCAGCAAAACAGUAUUCAUGCUGCCAAACAACUUGAUAUACAAAACAGCCGGGUGUAUGAAACAGGACAUUUGUGUGAACCAGAAGUGCUUAAUAGCUUAGAAGAGACUUAUAGCCCCUUCUUUAGAAACAACUCAGAAAAAAUGAGUAUUGAGGACGAAAACUUUCGAAAGAGAAAGUUACCUGUGGUAAGUUCAGUUGUUAAAGUAAAAAAAUUUAAUCAUGAUGGAGAAGAGGAGGAGGAAGAUGAUGAUUAUGGGUCCCGAACAGGAGGCGUUUCCAGCAGCGUGUCUGUGCCAGCAAAGCCUGAAAGGAGACCUUCUCUUCCACCUUCUAAACAAGCUAACAAGAAUCUGAUUUUGAAGGCUAUAUCUGAAGCUCAAGAAUCUGUAACAAAAACAACUAACUAUUCUACAGUCCCACAGAAACAGACACUUCCAGUUGCUCCCAGAACUCGAACUUCUCAGGAAGAAUUGCUAGCAGAAGUGGUCCAGGGACAAAACAGAACCCCCAGAAUAAGUUCCCCCAUUAAAGAAGAGGAAGCAAAAGGAGAUAAUAUAGAAAAAAGUCAAGGAACUCAACAGAGGCAGUUAUUAUCCCGACUGCAAAUUGACCCAGUAAUGGCAGAAACUCUGCAGAUCAGUCAAGAUUACUAUGACAUGGAAUCCAUGGUCCAUGCAGACACAAGAUCAUUUAUUCUGAAGAAGCCAAAGCUGUCUGAGGAAGUAGUAGUGGCACCAACCCAAGAGUCGGGGAUGAAGACUGCAGAUACCCUUCGGGUACUUUCAGGACACCUUAUGCAGACACGAGAUCUUGUACAACCAGAUAAACCUGCAAGUCCCAAGUUUAUAGUGACGCUGGAUGGUGUCCCCAGCCCCCCAGGAUACAUGUCAGAUCAAGAGGAGGACAUGUGCUUUGAAGGAAUGAAACCCGUAAACCAAACUGCAGCCUCAAACAAGGGACUCAGAGGUCUCCUCCACCCACAGCAGCUACAGUUGCUGAGCAGGCAGCUUGAGGACCCAAAUGGUAGCUUUUCCAACGCUGAGAUGAGUGAACUGAGUGUGGCACAGAAACCAGAAAAGCUUUUGGAGCGCUGCAAGUACUGGCCUGCUUGUAAAAAUGGGGAUGAGUGUGCUUACCAUCAUCCCAUCUCACCUUGCAAAGCCUUCCCCAAUUGUAAAUUUGCUGAAAAAUGUUUGUUUGUUCACCCAAAUUGUAAAUAUGAUGCAAAGUGUACUAAACCAGAUUGUCCUUUUACUCAUAUGAGUAGAAGAAUUCCAAUACUGCCUCCAAAACCAGCAGUUACAACAGCAAUACCACCUUCUAGUAGUCAGCUCUGCCGUUACUUCCCGGCAUGUAAGAAAAUGGAAUGUCCCUUCUAUCAUCCAAAACACUGUAGGUUUAACACUCAGUGUACAAGACCAGAUUGCACGUUUUACCAUCCCACCAUUACUGUACCACCACGACAUGCCUUGAAAUGGAUUCGACCUCAAACCAGCGAAUGACACCCAGUCCUGCCAGGCAGAAGAUCAUGCAGUUUGAAAGUUUCCAUCUACUGAUGAAAGAUAUUCUACAGAACUUGUCAAAUCUUUGAAACUUGGAAUAUAUUGCUUUCAUAAUAUGAAGUUUAUUGCCUAUCUGAAGUGUCUGAUUUUUCAAGUUUGUAAGUUUCUUAAGUGGUUUUAACAUUGGGUGUUUUUUGUUUUGUUUUUACUAUGAAAAGACAGUUUAAGGAAAGGCUAAAUUCUAUUAAAACAUUUGAGGCAUGUUUGUA